AGUCCGAGUUUGGAUCGCGAACCGAGCAGACGUUGAGCUGUGAUCCGGGAAUUAGACGCGUUGGUGAUAAAGGAGGAAAAACGUCGGCUUCUUUGAAACAUAUCUGAUAAUACAUAUAUUAUACAUAUUUAUAUAUAUACUGGGUGAUAUUACCAUACAGAGUCUUUGCGCAAAGUGAAAAGUGAAAGGCGUCGGGAAAUCUGUGAUAAAACGAGUGCCACGACCUCGGAAGGAAGCAGCAGCAGGCCAUGAGGCGACUCAAGUGCUCCGUGAUCGUGUAUCUGUUCCUGAUCUUCGACGCCGGCCAUGCCUUCAGCAUCAUUGGCCUCAACAAACAGAUGCUCUACGAGUACGUGGGCAAUGUCCUGGUGGGUGCGAAGCCCCAGGACGAGGGCCACCAGGCGCCACCCACCACCGGAUGGAUAGUGCGGGGCAAGCUGACGCUCCAGCGACAGAGCGAACUGGCCUUGGCUGCGGCGCUGGUCAUCGACGAUGUAACGCUGAACAACUCCGGCGAGAAGUUCCUGCAGAACAAGGAGAUGUACCCGCCCUACAAGCCCUUCAAGAUCGCCCUCACCCCGGACGGAGCCAUCUCGCAUGUGGUCUUCAAGGAGGGGGAUCCCAUUUGGAGCAUGAACUUCAAGCGGGCCAUCGCAUCAGUUCUUCAGUUCCAGAUGAAGUCCAGCGGGGCUUUCGUCGUGGAUGAGCUGGGCAUCCACGGCACCUGCCGCACGGAGUACUUCGUGUCCAACAGGACCAACUACAUCUCCAUCCGCAAGACGCCGGAGGUGAAGACCUGCAAGCCCUACUCGGAGGCGGUGCACAUCACCCGGAGCAACGUGCCGCCGAAUACGUGCGAGUUCGAUCACCAGAAGAGUGUGAUCAUUGGCAACGAGGCCAUUUACGGAAUGUCGCCGCACAACGAGACGGGAUACUACCUGAGCAUGGCCCAUGCCAAGGGCACCACUCUGGUCCACACGUUUGAGUCCACGGGAGUGGCUCAGUUCAUCAACUCGGAGUUGCUGCUCAACUUUGUCAAUGAGACGCCCAUCGAUAAUCCCAUCGAUAUUGAAACCUCAAUGGCGGCAGAACCUUCUAACCUGGAACUACAGCCUCUGGAUCCAAACGAUCCCACUGGCGGCCGAAGUCCGCAGCAGCAGGCGACACUCAUGGCCCAAGCGGGCGCACUCCUGGACAGCUUGGCCGAGGGCCUCGAGACAACGGAAUUCAAGUUCUCCGAACCCUAUGACUCCACUCUAUCCGAUGUUAUUAAGCUUCUCAGCGAGAUGGACUUUGAUUCCCUGGCGAAGCUCUACGGGGAGGUGGAUAUCGGCACCUCCUAUCGCCAGGAGACCAUCCGCAAUAUCUUCCACGAAAUCAUUCCCCGCAUUGGAACCAAAGCCUCCGUGUUCCUCACCCACCACCUGGUGCUGAACAAGUUGACUAAGCCGCAAGUCGCUGUGCAACUGCUCAUACCUAUGCCCUUCCACAUCUUCGAGCUCUCGGCCGAGCUGGUGCAAAAGUGCGAGGACUUCCUAAGCAUUGGGCCAGGUCUCCCGGAUGUGCGGCAGGCAGCUAUCCUAAGCUUUGCCACACUCGUCCAUAACGUAUAUGUGGCCAAGGGCAUCGACAAUCAUAAGUUUGAGGAAUACGUUCAGAAGUACUUCAAUUCCUAUCUGAGCGAACGCGACUUCGACCAGAAGAUGUUGUACCUGCAGGGCUUGAACAACCUGCAGUUGGGCAACGUGGCCAACUAUCUGGAGCCCAUCGUUCAGGACCCCAACGAGCACGAGGACCUGAAGUUUCAGGCCGCGUGGACGACUCUAGCACUGGCAGAUCGCCGUGCGGAGCGGAUAUAUGAGGUCUACUGGCCGAUCUUCGAGUCGCGCAACGCCAGCCUGGAACUGCGCGUGGCCGCCGUCACCCUGCUAUUGAUUUCCAACCCCACGGCUGCCCGUCUAAUCAGCAUCCAUCGCAUCAUCCAGAGCGAGACGGACCCGCACAUGAUCAACUACUACAGGACGACAGUGACGAGCAUCUCGGAGACCACAUAUCCCUGCUAUCAGAACCUGCGCCGCCUGCUGUCCUACAUGCACCGCCAUCUGCCCCAGAAGCCCGAGUCACGCUACUGGGUCACCGGCAACUACAUCUUCGACUAUCGCGACUCCAAGUUCGGAAUCGGAGCGAUGCUGCAGGUCUUUCUCGUGGGCGAUCCCAAGUCGGACAUGCCAGUGGUGGCCUUCUUUAAAUUCGACACCGAAGCUCUGGGCAAGUUCACGGGUCAACUGGCGUUGUACAUCAAGGCACGUGGAUUGCCAGACACCAUCCUGAACAAGAUGCAGCCGCGAAACGCCAGCGAUCCGUUUACCUUCAAGAGCAUCAAGGCGCUGUUGGCCAUGUUGCAGGCUCCGAUCAUCAACUCGAAGGAUCUGCACCUGGAGUUCAUCCUGCAAAUGGAGGGCAAGACGGUGCUGUCCUACUACCUCAAUCAGCGGAUGUUCCAGCAGCUGACCUAUGAAAACAUUCUGGAGCGAAUGCAGCAGAUCAUCCGGACGGACAGCCACAUCAACAUGCAGACGGUGCGCUGGCCAUUCAUGAAUCGCUACACGGUGCCCACAGUGCUGGGUACCUCCUCCGACGUCCUACUGCAGACCACCGUACUGACCUCGCUUCGUGGCAAUAUCACGGAGCAGCGUAGUCCACCGAUUACCAGGCACACGCUGGAGAUCGACGCCCGCUACUCGUCGUACGCCUCGGUGCGCAGCCGCAGCUACAAUCCGUUCCUGAAUCUGGACCACGAGAUUAACCGGGAGCAGGGCUUCCUCAUCUACAUCCCCUUCAGCAGCGAGUUGCAUCUCAACGAGAGCGACAGCAAGUGCCGGCGCUACUCCUUCUCCAGGCCUCAGAAUCUGACCAGUGGCCUAUCCUUCAAGUCCCGUGCAGUGACCAGGACCAGGGGGCUAAUUACCAAGACUGCGUCGGCGCCCUUCGAGGAGAUCAUGGUGCCCGAGAGUCGAUACGAUGUGGUCCAACUCUUUAACUAUUCACUGCCGGAUCUGGGCGUACGACUGAGCAUGAACACCAAUCUCAACGAGUUAAUUAAGUACCGAGGAAUGCUGCUCAAAUCCGAGUUCACAGAAAAUGGCUUCUCCGGCAACGUGGUGGUCACCGCCUUGAUGUAUAUAUUUGGCUUCACCCAGCUAAGCUCCAUCCACCUAGGCCACGAUCGGAACUUUACGAUGUUAAUGUACAACGAGAAGACCACCAGAAUCGAGGGAAACUUUUGUGCCGAAGAUGUGUUGAAGACUUCAGACCUAAAGGGCAAACAGAUUGGCCUGACGCUGGAGCACACAGACCACGUGGACGAAUCGCAUAUUACGGAUGGAACACCCAAAGUUGAUGCUCUUCACAGGUGGAACUUCACCCUGGACGUUCAGGCCUCGACCAAGUCCAACUGGUUCAAGUUGACUGGCCAAAUUCAGCGCAAUUCCAAGGACGACGAGGACGACUGGAAGGCCUGCACCAGGUUGACCUAUGAACCGUUGGUGUUCACCAAGCGACCUCACACUCUGAAUGGCAAUGUGGUGUUCGGGUUGGCCAGCGAGGAAAGCGAGUGCCCGGAAAAGGGUUCCGCGGUGCAGUUUGCAGCUAGAGCCGGCCCCUCGGAGCACGCCCGUGCCUUUCUGCGCUCUGACAAGAUCUCGCUGACGGACACCGACUUCUGUCCCAAAGAGGUGCUUAAGUUCUCCCCUAUCCCCACGUCAAAGUAUUGCAAGCGCAGCAACUUUGAGAACUUUACAUCGAUCACUCAGUAUGACAUGGACCUGAAAUUUAAUAACAUGCCCGCCUGGUUCGAAUUGUGGUCCAACCGUCUAGACCACCUAGUCUCCGCCUUAUCCGCCGACAAGGUGGACAGUCUGCAUAUGAGUCAGGAGAUCAACAUAUCCAUGCACACGCCUCAAGACCAAUUCAGGUUGGCGGUGGACGUCAACGGAGUCAAGUGGCGAUUCCACCAGAUUCCCUUCUUGUACAAACUGGACUCCAAGUUCGAUGCUUCGCAAGAACUUACCUACGACUCGGGUCUUAAACGUUCCUGCUCGGUUAUCAAUGGUAUAGUGAAUACCUUCGAUGAUCACUUGAUCAAUCUCAGAGAGAUUGCGGUGCGUCCUGAUUGCCUCACCCUGCUGGUGGCCGACUGUUCGCCGCUGCCCCAGAUGGCAGUGUUCGUUACGCCAUCGCCUGUCGAAGGUUCGGAGAGCAACUACGGAUUACGUGUCCACAUCGGGCAGAACUACUUUAAUUUCCCCGCCCGAAAAGACAACAGCAGCCAGCCCUCGGAUGAGCCGGUGCGCAUAUAUCUCAACCAUGAUCAAACGCCGCACGAUGUGCGCCAAAAGCCCUACCAGUGGCCCCUCGAGGCUAGCGACUACGACUUCCGCGUGGAGCUAAACGAGCAAAACAUUCUGAUUGUGGAGCACACGCAGCUGGCCUCUACCAUCCAGUUCGACCUUUACAACAUCCUUAACUUUGAGAUCUUCGGCGUGUACAAACACCAGAUGUGUGGGCUGUGCAGCAAUCCCCUCAACCACAUGCAGAACUAUACAAUCUGCGAGCUGGAGGCGAGCACUCCGACUCCCGUUCCUCUGCCGAAUUCUUCCAAAGUAGUUGUAGUUGCAUAAAUAUAAUGUGAGAGUUUAAUCUAAAAUAAAAGAGAAAAGAAUCCCAGAGAAGGGAGUACAUGCAAA